UGCAGCUCUCCACAUCAAGAUCAAGCAGACCAGCACCAGGCCACCAGCACCAGCGCCGCGGCAAUGGCGUCCACGACGGCGGCAGCUACAGACGUGAAACCAGCGCGGGCCGCUGGCGGCCCGCAGCUGAAGCUGCUGGUGGACCGGCGUUCGCGGCGCGUGCUGUACGCGGAGGCCCGCAAGGACGCGGUGGACUUCCUGAUCGGCCUGCUGCGCGUGCCCGCGGGCCUCGCGGCGCGCGCGCUGGCCAAGCACGGCGAGCCCGCGCCGGGCUCCCUGGGCUCGCUCUACGCGGGCGCGCUGGCGCUGGACGACGCGUUCUUCGCCUCCGGCUCGCCCAACCGCGACGCACUCCUCAGCCCCGCGGCGCUGCCCUCCGCCGCGGUCCCGCUGCUGCUCGGCGGCGGCGAGGGCGCGGUCCCGCCGGCGCUGGCGCCGCCGCAGCGGUACUUCCGGUGCAGCGCGUACAAUGCCCCGUGCCGCGGGAACCUGACGAACGUGACGGACGUGUCGGGCCUGCCGUGCCCCGGGUGCCGGCAGGCGAUGACCGUGGAGAUGCGGCUGGUGCCCGGGGACGCGCACGGCAGGCUGGCGCUUGCGCAGGCGCAGGAGGCCGCGGGGCUCGGCGCCGGCGGGUACGUGAAGGAGCUGGUGACGUACCUGGUGAUGGACGACCUCACCGUGGCGCCCAUGUCCACCAUCUCCGCCAUCAUGCUGCUCAAGAAGUUCGACGUCAAGGACUGCUCCGCGUUGGAGGAGAUGACCGUCGAGCUCGGCACAAGAGAGGCCGUGAUGCUCCUCAAGGCGUCCCUGCAGUCGUCGACGGCGUUGACGGAUGUCUUCAGCGGCGGCGUCUCCAUUGACAGGAUUGGCGGUUAAUGAGCGAGUCGUCGAACAUGAACAUCGACUCGCUUUGGAUUGGAAGGACUCGUCAUGAACAAUCAACCGAAUAGAACCAUAUAAUAGCCACGGCACACGGGUAUCGAUCAAUGUGUACAUAAGUCAUGCCAACGAAUCAAAGCAACCAUGAUCUAAAACCUGAAA